AUGGCUCCCCCACCCCCGCCGCUCCCCGCAGCCGGCGGAGUAUCCGCGGCCGCCUCCAGCACAGCUCAUCGGAACAGCCGUAGGUCGUUGCCCUCCUCCUCCCCGACGCCGGCUGCCACGCUCACAAGUCACGACACACUGUACGGCUCCACCACUCCCGCCGCUUCCCGCUGCCAGCACGCCCGCGCGCAUUCGCAAUUCUCCGCCAGGAACGCCAUCUCCAGCUCCGUCGAAAUAUGCGCAGAUUGUUCAAAAGGUCGGCUUCUCAGCUCGGUUCAAAAGGUCGGCUUCCCAGCUCGGUUCAAGGUACAAGCAUCUCUUUUCAUUUACACCGUAAAUAUUUACUCAUGCUAUGCCAUAGCAGUUCGCCAUGUUAGAUGUCCAAAGUGCCACGGUGUUCUUGAGGAACCCCGUGCCCGUGUCUACCAAUGUGGUGGAUGCGGCACUAGUCUUCGAGCAAAAAUCCACUCCGGCAGCACAGAAGAAGUGGCCAAUAUCUUUUCCCCUUCAUCAACUGGAUUGCGUCCUCAGAGCAGUCGGCCAAUCCUGAAAGGCACGCCGUUCAUUGUUUGCUCCAGAUGCAUCCAGCUGGUCCAGGUGCCCAAACUGCGGUGUGAAUCCUGUUAUGCUGUCCUUUCCUACUCCAAGGAUUCGGUCAGGAAGAAACCUUACCAGGACUCCAUUGAUCAGCUCAGCAUAGACAGUCCCGAACUGCAGGUGGAUGCAGCACUAGUCUUCGAGGUUCCCGAGGAAUCCGGUGCCCCAGUAUACCAGAUUCCUAAUGGAUUCUCUUGGCCUUGCACAGUGAAAACCCGCACUGGCAUCACAGGAGAAGUGGCCAAUGCUUCUUCUCCAAGGAGUGGACUGCCUCCUCAGAGCAGACACUACUGUCAGCCGAUCCUGAAGGGUGCGCCGUUCAUUGUCUGCUGCAGCUGCUUCAAGCUACUCCAAGUACCCAUCGACUUCGUCGUCUCCACCAAUGCAGUGGGCAAACUGCGGUGUGGCUCCUGUUCUUCUGUCCUCAGCUACUCCUACAGGGCCCUGGCCAGGAAGAAACCUUACCAGGACUCUGUUGAUCAGCUCAGUACAAACAGUUCCAAACUGCAGGUGGAGGAGCCACAUUAUACUCCCUAUAAGGAUGCAAUGACAUGGUUAGCCAUGGGAAAACAAAGACGGAAAGGACUAAACCAUAGAUUAAUGCAGCAGGCUGGUCAUAAACUCCUUGGCAGAGAUGAAAUUAGGCAAAACAUUAUGGAAAAGAUAUUGUUGGAUAGAAAUGAUGGAAGUAAUUGUACAGUCUUUUGCAUAAAUGGUGGAAGUGAUUUUGGCAAGACUUCACUGCUCAAUGUCCUUUACAAUGACCAAGAAUUGUUGUAUGCUUUUGACAAAAUGAUAUGGAUACAGAUGUCUGAUAAAUUAGACAUACUGAUGUUAUUUAGGAAGAUUAUUGAGUUCGUCAUGAAUGACCACUGCAGCAUUAUUAGCACGGACCUCCUCCAGGAACUGCUUAUGGAGGAAAUCACAGAUGAGAAAUUCUUGCUUAUCUUGGACGGUGCAGACAUAGAAGACCAACAAUUUUGGAAUAGCAUAUUAGAAGUUCUUAAUGCUGGUGCCAGAGGCAGUGUAGUUAUCAUGGCUACAAAGAGUUGUGCUGUUGCUACUCCUAGAGAUAACAAUCCUGAUUUAGUAAUGGUUGCUAAGAGGUUCAUUUCCAGGUUUGGAUCUAAUCCUCUAAACUUGAAGGCCAUCGGUGGUCUUCUGUGCCAUGCAGACACUAUUUCAUUAGAGAAGGAUAUGUUUGAAGAAAGUGUUAUGCCUUUGCAGCUCUGUCAUGAUGCUUUACCAGUCCAUCUGAAACGGUGUCUUGCAUUAUGUUCGUUGUUCCCAGAAGGUUACAUCUUUGAUAAACAUCACAUGGUUCUCCUGUGGAUAUCUCAUGGUUGUGUUAGGCCAGUUGAAGGGCGUGAACCUGAAGAUGUAGGAACUGAAUAUUUCAAUGAGUUGCUGUGCAGAUCGUUCUUUCAGUACUCACCAUCUCAUGAUUAUAAAGAUAACAAGUUUGUGAUGCAUGAGCUUAUUUACAAUGUGGUGGCAUCCGUCUCCCGUGACAAAUAUUUCAAGUCCGAGGAUCCCAUGUGCGGCAUACCUGAAAAUGUUCUUCACUGCUCUCUCAUUUCCUCGCAAUUUCAGACUGUUGAACUGAUGCACAGGACAGAACAGUUGAAGGAUCUGCAGACAUUUCUGGCUUUGCAACCUGAGUGGAAACCGAACAGCAUUUCUUUGCCUACCUUAAAUCUUGUUGGUUUGGGUGAUUUCUUUCUGAAAUUCACAUCCUUAGAGACACUGGAUCUGAGCCAUACUGAAACAGAAGUGCUUCCGGCGUCCAUUGCUGGCCUGAGAAACCUGCGGUACUUAUCUGUCAACAACACAAACGUCAGGGCUCUGCCAUCUGAGCUCUGCAACCUCAGCAAUCUGGAGACACUGGAAGCGAAACACUGCCGCUUCCUCACAGAGCUACCAAGAGACAUGAGGAAGCUGGUAAAGCUGCGCCAUCUUGAUCUGACGAAGGAACUGGGCUAUGUUGACUUGCCAAAUGGAAUUGGAGAGCUCACUGAACUCCAGACAUUGCCAGUUUUCCAUGUCAGUGAAGACUCGUCACGUUGCUCCAUCAGUGAGCUGGGAAGCUUGCACAAUCUGAGGGGCUUCCUUUGGAUUUCAGGACUCCAUCAGUGUGAAAACUGGCAGCAAGGCCAGGAGGCUAACCUGAAGGACAAGCAUCGCCUAAAGGACUUGACACUGCAAUGGCACGACGAUGGCAUAGAGAUCGAAGAUGGAGACGAAGAUGCAGAAGAUGUGGCCGAUGAGCAGGUCCUUGAAGGCCUCCAGCCGCAUGCAAACCUCCAAGUGCUUACCAUCAGAGGCUACGAAGGCAGCAGGUUUCCAGCUUGGAUGCAGGGUUCUUCUUCAUCCCUACCCAACCUGGUGACACUGACACUCGACAGCUGCUGCAACUGCACCGUGUUCCCCGCCAUCGCCCAUCUGCCAUCGCUCAAGUCCCUGAGUGUGCGAAAGAUGUACGACGUGCGACGGCUGAGCAGCAACACAGACACACAUGGCACUGGCAGCGCAGCCAAGUUCCUGUCGCUGGAGCUGCUGAACCUGUGGGAGAUGUACGGUUUUGAGGAGCUGUUCGAGGAAGAAUCUGAAGGGGACUACUGCCCUCGCCUCCGCAAGGUCUGCAUCAGCCGGUGCCCGGACCUGAAGAGGCUACCCCGCGCUCGUUCUCUGACGGAGCUGGUUCUCCACUGCGGCCACCAGGUCCCUGACAUCUCGGAGCUCGCGUCGUUGGUGUCACUGAAGAUCGAAGGCUUCCACGGCGUCAGGUCGUUCGCCUUGCCGGCAGCUGCGGCGCUAAAGAGUCUGGAGAUCAGGUCUUGCAAGGAGCUGGCGUCGGUGGACGGGCUGACGGCGGCGCUGACCACCGUCCGGAGGAUUAAGAUAGCAGGGUGCUCCAAGCUCGUCUUGCCAGGAACCUGUAGCCUGACGACCUGA